AUGGGCCGCGGGAAGGUGGUGCUGCAGCGGAUCGAGAACAAGAUCAGCCGGCAGGUGACCUUCGCCAAGCGCCGGAAUGGCCUGCUCAAGAAGGCCUACGAGCUCUCCAUCCUCUGCGACGCCGAGGUUGCGCUAGUCCUCUUCUCCCACGCCGGCCGCCUCUACCAGUUCUCAUCCUCCUCCAAGUAA